AUGCACAUCAUAUUGUUGUUCUUCUGUUUUAUGUUUGAGUAUGUCCAUUCACGACAAGCUUUUAUUAAUGUUCAUAAGAACAAUAUUAUAAACAAAAAAAUUAGCAACAAUUCAUAUAAUAAAAAUGCCAUAUAUCAAAAUUCUCCAAAGGCGCCUAUUUCACAGGCAGUUACUAAAAAACAGAUAAUUGAAGAAGUUUCAAUGGAGACAAAAGAAAGUAAAAAAACAGUUGAAAAAAUAAUGAAUGGAAUAUUUGAUAAUAUAUAUAAACAUUUAGAAAAUAAUGAAAAAAUAUAUAUCCAUAAAUUUGGUAUGUAUUACAACAUUUUUCGAAAAAAAAGAUAUAUUAAAAAUAUGCGAACAAAAGAAGACAUUGAAAUAGAAAGUAGUCAUGUGCCACAUUUUAAAUUCUCAAAAAUAUUCAAAGAUAUGAUAAAAGUAAAUAUAAAGGCAAAAAAGGGAGAAGGAUAUGAAGAGGAUACUGAAUUUGAGGAAGACGAAUUAGAUAUGGAUAAUAUUAAUGAAAGCUUUAAGGAAAAUGUCAAUGAAAAAUUAGUUUAUUAA